CCUCCUCCUCCGUCCAGCCCCGGAAUGGGCGGGUUGGCGGCCUGGCGUCACUCUCCGGCGCGGCCCGCUGCCUGCCUGCCUGCCUGCCUCCCUCCCUCCGCGUGUCGUCAGAACGGGCGGCGAAACAGCGGGGAAGGUUUUCUGACGUGCGGCCGCGGUCAUGGUGUGGGUUAGCCGAGCCCUGUUCAGGAAGGCCGUAAGAACACAACAAGACCUGUGAUGGACCAGACCAGUGGCCUCCCUGGCCCAGUCUUCUCACCCUGCCAAUCCAUUGCCUGCAGCAAGCCUGCCAGCAGCACACAGUAUGGAAGCUUUAUAGAUGACCUGAGGAUCUAUGUGAAGGGAGGAGCUGGUGGGAUGGGCCAUCCUCGAUAUGGUGGGCAAGGAGGAAAAGGUGGUGAUGUUUGGCUGGUAGCUGACGGAAGGGUUACCUUGAAGAAAAUGAAAAGUCAGUAUCCCAAAAGACGGUUUGUUGCUGGAAACGGAGCUCAUAGUAGUAUUGUCGCACUGAAAGGAGCUAAAGGAAAGGAUUGUGAAGUCAAUGUGCCUCCAGGAAUAUCAGUUGUUACAGACGAUGGAAAAGUGUUUGGUGAACUGAACAAAGAAGGAGACAGACUACUUGUGGCAUACGGGGGUCUAGGCGGAUCCCCAGUUACAAAUUUCCGGCCCUCCAAAGGUCAAAAACACCUAAUUCAUCUUGAUCUAAAACUUAUAGCAGAUGCUGGCUUAGUUGGAUUUCCAAAUGCAGGAAAGUCUUCUUUGCUAACCAAGAUUUCUCGCGCCACUCCUCAGGUUGCGGAUUAUGCCUUCACAACAAUACAGCCUGAACUUGGAACAAUUCAAUAUCCUGAUUACAAGCAGAUUACAGUGGCUGACCUUCCAGGAUUGAUUGAAGGUGCACAUGCAAAUAAAGGACAUGGGCACAAAUUCUUGAAGCAUGUGGAAAGAACAAAACAGCUUCUCUUUGUGGUUGACGUAUCUGGGUUUCAACUUUCUUCUAGAACACCAUUCAGAACAGCCUUUGAAACCGUAGUACUGCUAACAAAGGAGCUAGAACUGUAUAAGGAAGAACUUCGAGCUAAAUCUGCGAUGCUUGCUGUUAAUAAAAUGGAUUUGCCUGAUGCACAAGAAUUGUUGGACGAGUUUAUGGAACAGCUACAAAGACCUGAAGAAUACAUGCAUUCACUUUCAGCAGAGAUGAUUCCAGAAGUCCUUUUCGAAUUCAAAGAGAUCAUCCCCGUAUCUGCACAUACCGGUGAAGGACUUGACAAGCUAGUUACAUGUUUAAGAAAAGUAAUAGAUGAAGAAGCUGAGAAGGAAAUUGAAAAUUAUCAGAAGCAACAACUUCAUAAAUUGCGGUAAGGAAUGGCAUUCCCAGAGCAUCAUAGCACCAAAUCGUUCAGGUCUCUUGAUGGAGCCUAUCCUCCAAAGAUGAACAGAGGAAAAGCAAAGAUGACAGAAUAUGACUUUACACCAGAAUCAGGAGAAGAGUAACAUAAUGCUGACAAAGAAUAUGAGAGGUUCAGAAAGAUAGUAAAUUUUGCACUAUAUUCAUCCCUUAUAUAUCACAGCAUACCACCAUACCAUCUCUCACACUCCUUGUUUUAAGUUCGGGAUGCCAAACAACUAACCAGAUCUGGUUAGUAGUUACGUUGGAGGUCACUAAGGAUCUCCUGGUACAGCUAGGAAAGAAUACUGCCUGAAACUGGAAGAUUAUUGCUUCCACCCAGAGCGAACAGUACUAGGCUUGAUGGGUCAAUGCCUUAGUAGAAGCAGGUUCCUAUGUACCGUGCAAGAUUCUUGUCAUGCUUUUGUUACAGCCCUAUGUGUGCCAAACAGAGCAUUUCAGUCUGAUGUUGGAGGAAGAUCUUGGAUCCACCCAAUCCAAAAUGCCGUUGUUCCUUUGAUAGGCCUCCAGAAAAGGCAAAUAAAGUAUGAAACACCUGCAGGGAAAAUAUGAACGAACUUGACUCUAGGAGAGGCAUGCAAAUACCAACUAAAUAGUCUCCCUUUUGUUUUAAAGAAUAUGAAUUGUGCUGAUUCCCUGGCAAUUCCUGACAGUUUUCUGAUUCUAUCUGCUACUUUAAAAGGUUUGAUAGCUACGUACCGAUAUCUAGAUUACUAACUAGUAUCAAAAAGAAUGGAGCAAUUUUAUUUGGAGCAGUCAGUUCGACCCUAUUGCUACUUAAUAAUCUGCCAAAGUAAUUUUCUUAGUCCUUU